CCUCACGUCCCAGCAGGCCCUCACUGCCACGUGUGCCUCGGUGUGUAGACUUCGCCACAGCGCCCCCUGCAGACAUGUGUGAUGACGAGGAGAGCACCGCUCUGGUCUGUGAUAACGGAUCCGGACUCUGUAAGGCCGGCUUCGCUGGAGACGAUGCUCCAAGAGCCGUCUUCCCCUCCAUCGUGGGACGGCCCCGCCACCAGGGAGUGAUGGUGGGCAUGGGGCAGAAGGACAGCUACGUGGGUGAUGAGGCUCAGAGUAAGAGAGGAAUCCUGACGCUGAAAUAUCCCAUCGAACACGGAAUCAUCACCAACUGGGACGACAUGGAGAAGAUCUGGCAUCACUCGUUCUACAACGAGCUGCGAGUUGCUCCAGAGGAACAUCCCACGCUGCUGACGGAGGCUCCACUGAACCCCAAAGCUAACCGCGAGAAGAUGACCCAGAUCAUGUUUGAGACAUUUAACGUCCCUGCCAUGUACGUAGCCAUCCAGGCCGUCCUGUCCCUGUACGCCUCCGGACGCACCACAGGCAUCGUGCUGGACUCUGGGGACGGAGUGACUCAUAACGUUCCUAUCUACGAGGGUUACGCUCUGCCUCACGCCAUCAUGAGGUUAGACCUGGCAGGACGAGACCUCACCGACUACCUCAUGAAGAUCCUGACUGAGAGAGGAUACAGCUUCGUCACCACCGCUGAGAGGGAAAUCGUGCGGGACAUUAAGGAGAAGCUGUGUUACGUAGCUCUGGACUUUGAGAACGAGAUGGGGACGGCAGCCACCUCGUCCUCUCUGGAGAAGAGCUACGAGCUUCCUGAUGGACAAGUCAUCACCAUCGGCAACGAGAGGUUCCGCUGCCCCGAGACGCUGUUCCAGCCCUCCUUCAUCGGUAUGGAGUCAGCAGGGAUCCAUGAGACGACCUAUAACAGCAUCAUGAAGUGUGACAUCGACAUACGUAAAGAUCUGUAUGCAAACAACGUUCUGUCAGGAGGAACCACCAUGUACCCCGGCAUCGCUGACCGCAUGCAGAAGGAGAUCACUGCUCUGGCUCCCAGCACCAUGAAGAUCAAGAUCAUCGCCCCCCCAGAGAGGAAGUACUCUGUGUGGAUCGGCGGCUCCAUCUUGGCUUCUCUGUCCACCUUCCAGCAGAUGUGGAUCAGCAAGCAGGAGUACGACGAGGCCGGACCCUCCAUCGUCCACCGCAAGUGCUUCUAGACGCCCCCCCCCCCCCCCAGCCCCCCUCCUACGGGUUCUGGGUUCAGCCCCCCAGCACGUUCUUAUUUUAGCCCCCGCCAGCACCAGCUAACAGAUCCCAGAUCAGUUCCACAAAAACAUCCACAGCAGGAAGAAGUCCACCAUGUUUUUGGUAUUCAGGAAGAUGCUAAAAAUCCCUUGUUCAGAAAAAAGGAAGUGAUGUCAUCGUUCAGUAAGAAGGAAGUGAUGUCAUCGCUCGUACCUUCAGAUGUUUUUGGUGAACUGAACCUUUAAUUUUUUAAUUUUUCAGAACUUCCAUCAGUCCAAACAUCCUCCCUCUGCUCACCUGUAAAACUGUGAAUGUGGCACUUGUCCUCCACUUUUUACCCCACCUGUAAACCUCCCCCCGGC